CCUUCCGACUGUUCGAUUUGUUGUGGUGGACGCUGAUUGAUUUCGUCCAGAUGGCCUCAGAUAGUAAACAACCUGUUGUCUCUACAGCCUGGUUGAAUGAUCAGCUGAGAAAAAAGCGAGAUGACUUUGCAAUUUUGGACGUGACGUGGUUCAGCGACAAGAAUACUAUCCACCAUUUCUCAAAGGAACAUUUAAUGCAUGCUUCACAAAUGGACAUCUUCUAUGGAGUGGAAAAUACUUCUUUGUACCCUCGAAAUAUUCCUGAUGCACCAACCUUCCAGAUGAAUGCAAGAGGUAGUGCAGUGAAUAAUGACAAUCAUGUUGUUAUUUAUGAAAAAACAGGGAAGUUUGGGUUUUUUACAGGUGCAAGAGCUUGGUGGCUGUUUAAGCUGUUUGGGCAUGAAAAUGUAUCAGUUCUUGAUGGAGGUUUGGAAAAGUGGAUUGCCGAUGGAUAUGAAACAACAAAUAUCAUGGUCAAAAAAAAGGAGGGUGACUUUACAGCAAAGUUGACUCCGAGAUGGCUUAAAAGGUUUGAAGACAUGAAAGAAAACCUUACUUUGCAGAAAGCCCAAGUUUGUGACAGCCGAGAUCCUAGCUUAUUUACAAGAUCAGCUUAUGAUCCCAAGACUGGCCAUUAUCCUGGUGCCGUGAAUAUUCCUUUCCCUAAGCUAUUUGAUCCUGAUACUAAGAGUCUUAAAAAACUGGAUGAUUUGAAGAAAGUUUAUACAGAUGCGGGAAUUGACCUCAGCAAACCAUUGAUAGGAAUGUGUAAUAGUGGCAUGUCAUCAUGCUCUUUGGUACUUGCUGCCCAUCUUUGUGGAUGUCCUGAUGUGGCAGUCUACCAUGGGGGAUUCAAAGAAUGGAAAAAAAGAGCUGACCCAAGUGAAAUUGAGUGAAGUUGAAACUGUGUGUGUAACUCAGUAACCAACCAGGUCAUAAUAAUGUAUGCAGAGUAGGUGGACUUCCAGGCUCUGAAUUCCAUAAUUUGCACAUGUUAAAAAAAAUUGGGGUAAAUUAUUUAAGAACACCCCAGCGGGCAGUGUUUGGAGAAACACAGAUGCAUAAUAAGAUAGCUUGACUAUUUAUAAUGAAAUUGUCAUGUAGAAUUUACAUAAAGUUAUUAAUAAAGCACAAAAACAAUCUA